AUGGUUCAGUAUCCGUUGGAGACCAGGCGUCGAUCUAGUGAGACAAAUGUUCUGGAUCUGCGAAGACAAGGACAUCAGGAACAAAUAAAACAACUUUUGGAACGGAAGGCAGCAAGGAGUAGAUACCAAACCAUGUCCUGUAACAGAUACUUCACGAAAGACCAAGUGCCAGUGCUCAGUGACAGAUUUUUCUUGGAGGAUCCACGCUUGACUGAAAAAGUCACAGAGAACAGACGCCAGGACACUGGAAUUGGACAUCAUCAAAUCCUUGGAUUUCUACGAGGAAACACGACACCAAGCUCACCUGAAAAACCGUUUCCGAUAUUUUUAAUUAAUUUUACCAGAAGACUUUUCGGUGGUUACCGUCAUAAUAAGAUUAGAAAUCAGAUCCUAAUCAUGACAAAUAAUUCUUCUCAACACAAAUCCAUGGAAAGUUCUGACGUCAUAGCAUGGUGUGCUGCGUUUGCUGUCGAAUCUGUCAUUGUGGUAAUCGGAAACUUGUUCAUUAUUACCGUCUUCGUCAAGACCAGAGAGCUACGCAGGCAACAUCGCCAUUAUUUCUUAAUGAACUUAGCCGUGGCUGAUUUCUUCGUGGGAGGUUUUGCGGGGCCAUUGUUUGUUUACAUUUUAGGAGGACUCUACAACUUGUGGCCGUUUUCCAAAUACAGACAUACUUUGUACACCAUGAGCAUAUUUCUGGACAUGUUCGCGGGCAUUUCUUCAAUCGCUUUCCUCUCCGCUAUUGCCGUAGAAAGACUUUACUCGACGUUAUACCCCACCAAGUAUAGAAAAACAAAACGUUCCACAUACACAGGCGUCGCGUUCUUACUAUGGGUUAUUUCCGCUGCGCUUCCAGGGAUUAGAAUCCAUCUCGGAGAAAAAUUAAACUCUCUGUACACGUGGAUGCCAAUUGUCUGCAUGCUGCUGGUAAUCAUCGGCUCCUCGUACAUUGUUAUCUGGGUUAAAGUCCUUUUUUUCAGUUCCAAGCGCCUAGAUCAAAGCCGUGAAAGACGAUUAAAUGUAACUGUUACAAUCUUAACUCUGACGUCACUUUCAACAUGGCUGCCGUUCAUCAUCCUGAACAUAGUCAACGAGUUUCACCCGGAAUUGAGUAUAGAAGCUGUCUUUUCCACCAAGAUACUACAUUACGGUAACUCUCUGGUCAACCCUUUCUUAUUUGCCUUAAAAAUGCCGAAGUUUAGAAAAGCCGCACUGAAAAUCUUUUGUAGUUUUCAUCGGGAGCCAGCCUAUCUCCCAAGCGAGAAAAGAAGACUGGAUCAUGAUUCUUCCAGCUCAAACAGCGAGCGAACUUCACCUGCUGUGAGGACCACACCAGUUUGAAUGUAACAGUAACUUUGCUUAUCUUCAGCCACAAUUUUGAGCAUCGACACUCAGGACUCAUUGUGUUGAGCAUAUUUUUAACCACCUUUUCGACUCUGGAACACUAUUUUGCAAUUUGAGAGGACUUGUGCACUUUUUUUCAUUUGUGGCAAUUACUUUUAAGCAAUAUUUUACUUUGCGAGUAAACAUUUGUUAGCUACAACUAUACUGUGUUUACACGGCCUUAUUUUGAUUAUCAAAUACUUGACCAAGACAGGCUUUCUCCUUAUAAAAUCGUUAUAGUAUCAGGCAGACAAGUGACAAGAAUAAAGAAAAUUAUCAAUUAGGGGUUUAUCAGUUGAUCUAAUACCUAAUUCUCCCAACCAACAUCAUAAGAACUCUGCGGAAAGAAGUGAGAAGAAUUACUAAUGAGAUCUUGGGAGUGGAAUGGUUAACGUCUUCUGUAUCUAUGUCAGUCUCCUGUUAGAUCCCGUUCAGUUUCAGUUAACCAAAUAGUUUGUAGGAAAUUUUAGUCGAGAAAAUCAUAUAAGCUUAAAACAUUUUUUAGCAACUCUUGAGCUCUAAAAAAAGCUCAGCGUUCAAUGGUCUUCGUCUUCACCUCCCUCUCCUUCCCCGGUGCAGAGUGAAGUUUCACCCAACUGGCUUUGCGACGAUACCUCUACAUUAGUUGUUUUAUAGGUUGAACGAACUGCAAAGGAUCUUGAAAUAUUGGAAACACAGCUCCCCUUAGUAAUAUUUUAGAAAGUGUACUUACCCCAAGAAUCAUUGCCUUACAUUUUAGUCUUUAAAAUCUCAGUUUAACAAAAUAUCAAUCGUUUUAAAUAUCACAUCAACUUGCGAUUGGGUAAUGUGGUUGGUCAUUGUAAUUAUUUCUGACCAAUUAAAGUCUGAGCAUUGUGUCGAAGUGAUUCUUAUUUAACUGAGUCUAACUAAAAAGUACCUACGGUUUUUAAACAUGCUCCCUCAUAAUCAGCAUUUAGCUAGCAAUCAAACCCUAAGAAUCGUUAAUGAAACAAAAUUCGUCGAUAAAUGUUUGCCGUGAAGGCGGUCGACUUUUUCAGAUAAACUUGUCGCAAGGAUGUUUGAAAGCUAACGUACUCUUUACGACAGGUAUCGCUUUCUUCUUAAAUCGUUCCCGACCGUUGUCAGUUUGUUCCAGCGGAGAGAUCGAAUGUUUGACUAACUCAGCCCUGCUCUUGCCACCUAGCUGAGUCUUCUCUAGGGUUUGCAUAAUAGAUUUCAAAUGGACACUUUUUAAUUCGGAGUCUUUCUUGUUGGGUGUUUCAAAAUGAUGGUGCUCGGAAUUUGAAGAGAUACUCUGUUUUGGGUUCCAUUGCGUUGAAUAAUGCCUCUUCGAGGAGAAAUCAAUCGGAGGUAAUUCUCUUUUGUCGUGACGUAUGGUGUUUUUAAGCCACUUAGCUCCGCUCCGCUCAGCUAAGCGAAAA